AUGGGCGGAGCUAAGAAAUCUGACUCACAGGAUAUGUCCUACGCAAGAAAGAUCCGGAAGCCAAUGGUGGAGAAGAAGAGAAGAGAAAGAAUGAACAAAAGUAUAUCACUUCUGAAGUCGCUAAUCGCACAGACUAUUCAAGAAAAUACUGCUCCAAUGACAAGGGUUGACAAGGCAGACAUUUUAGACUUAACUGUGUAUCAUCUGUCGCAGCUACAACGACAACAACAAUCUGUUACCAUGGCAACAGAAGCUGCUGCCUAUAAUGCAGGGUACAAGGCAUGUGCACAAGAAGCUGUGGCGUAUUUGGCAAGGAAUAAAAUCACAAGUGAUACAGUGACUGGUUCCCUAAGCAAUCAUCUACACCAGGCUUUCCUCACGAGAAGCAGACGACAGGAAAUGACAAAUCACAAUAAACAUGUGAAUAAUGUAUUCAAUCAAAAUAGACAAACACAUCGUCUCUCUACGCCUCUAAGACCAAAUGACACAGUUAACACAUCGCCAUUGCCAGAAUUUAAUUUUUCAGGAUAUUCACCCAUUUUAAACGGAAAUCAAGCUCUACCGGAACUUACGUCAUCAUUUGUGCAUUCAAGUCUUGAUUCCAGCUCUUCUUCUGGCUUCUCAAGCACUUCUUCAUCUGAAACCACCUCCUCGUACUGUUCGUCUUCCGGCUACAGUAAGGUGGAUGAUUCUUGUUCGGAUAAUGACGAAAAUAAUGCAGACAAUCGUAUAGAUAUUGUUACUAUUGGAAACGGCAAGGAAAAUGAAAUCGGUCACGUGAUAAAAGAAGUCCCAUGGCGACCAUUUUAA